GUUCUGUUCCCAUUUCAGAAAUGGAUAAAAAACGUAAAUCUGCAGUAGAUAAAAUUAUAUCACAGUUAAAGAAGCUGAAUUGUCCCUUAAUGGUGAAUGCUAGUGAUAUGUUUAUUUUUCAAAUACUUUUUCAACCAGGACCAGAAAGAUUGAAGCUGAUAGAAUGGAUUUUAAAAGAAAUUGAAUUCAGUGCUGAUUUAGCAGAUACUGUUUCACAACCAUUUGAAAAGAAAAUAGAAAAAAUGCAUUCUUUCUUCAGCUUUCUUGGCACAUGCAAAGAUAUUGAUGUGAUAAAGGGUUUAUCAUCUCGAACAAAACAGAUUUUGUUUUGGCAAGCACUUGUUGAUAUUCUUUGGGGGAAACAUUCUCUGGACAUUCUUUCAUCUCAGAAUACUGAAGCAUCAGAAGAUGAAGCUUAUCAUUCAUGUGGAAGAAGUGCCAUGGACAGUAUGACUCUCAGAGAUAUUACAGAGGUUCAAUAUAUGUGUAUGAGUCUGAUAAUUCAAUCUGGAUCUAUGAAGGAAAUAAAAGAACCUCAGUUAUUCCCAAAAGAUCUGCUACAAGAAUGUGAGCUGUUUCCAGAAGAAGAAUUUCAAAAGUAUCAGAUUCCUACCCUGGAUGAAAUAGUAAAAAAAUCUAAAGACUUAAAUGAAGGUUACCUAGAAAGGUUGGAGGAGUUUAGUUUUGAAGAGAAAGAAAAAUGUUCAAAAAGAUGGAAUGACCAUUGGACCCAUGGAAAACCAUUUCCAUUCGAAGAGUAUAAGUUUGAUUUAUUCCUGCCUCGUGAAGAACUGAAGUCACUCCAUAAGAAAACUAAUGCGGCUCUAAAUGAUGUCCAUGCUUGUGCAACCGGUGGCUUUACUGAUGCAUUCAACAGUUUGAAAACACUAACAUCUCGUAUAGAGUCUAACUAUUUUUAUGACUCUGGACCAGCAUUUGAACGUGCUGUGUCACAUGUUGAUUCUUUUUGCAAGUGUGAAAAAUCAUUGCAGACAGUCAAAUCUUCUGAUGAAAAAAUAAAUGAAACUUUAGAAGAAGCUAAGUUGAAGCCAUCUGCACAACUGUUAUCAAAUUCACUGUUGAAGAAAUCUAUUGAAAUACUAAAUUCCUCAUGAAAAUAUAUUCCUUUUUUUUUAUAAAAUAGUUGAACUUUACAAUGAAAUAUAGAAGUUCUUGUAGUUAAAAUUUUGUAGUUUGUUUACAUAUUUU